GCUGAAGAAAGAUGGUCUCCAUGAUGACAACUUUAAAAUACCAACAGUAGCCAGAAGGGGUUCUAACUGCCUGACAGCAAAUUAUUUAAACAAAAACAAUGUUUGUGUCUCGUUAUCGCGUCGAGCGUCGGCUAGGUUUGAAUUAGCUUAGCGUGCUAACGUUAGCUAGCCAGCUAGUAUGGAGUCGCUGCUCUUGUUUACAUCCGGUCUUGAUGACGGUGAGGUGUGUUAGCUAACCCGGCUACCAGGCGUGUUUUGUGGGGAGAGGGUCCUCCUAAAGCCCCUCUGUGAGGACCAGGACCGGGGGACGUCUGUCAGACCUGCUGCCACCUCAGGGGUAAUUUAACACUUUAAUAAAACACACAUUAGUAUUAGUUAAAGUAACGUUACAUGUCUUCAUUUAUAAACAGGUUACAUUACCUUUUACGUUACUCAUGGACGGGCCUACCUGUUAACAGUGAUGGAAGUGUCCCCUCAGGACCCUCCUCUCAUGGCCAUGGACCUGUCAAAGAGCUACUCGGUCAACCCGCUGACCCGCAGCCACACGGAGGCCAUGGACCUGGCAAAGAAGCCCGAGUGGUACCACAGACGCCCGCCGAGCUGCAGCACCGACAUCAGCUCCCCGUACAGAUCCAGAGCCUCGUCCUCCUACAGCGCUCCGCUGCAUCCUGAGCCCGGUGCACCUGUCCACUGCAGGGACCCGGAGCAGGGCCCCGAGUCUUUAGGAGACUACGUGAACUCAUCACUAGCUCCUGGGUUGGAUCUGUACCGCGACGCAGUUCACGGCAGCCUGUGGCAUUCGGGGUUCUACGGACCCGACCAAACCGGCGGUCCACUUUUAGAAAGCAGCGGCGGAGAGGAGAGCGACAGCGGCAGCGGCUCCGAUGUUAUCUUCCUUGUGUCCUCCGCUAAGGAGCCACUCUUAUGCACUUCUUUCCUCCAAGACAGCGUGAGGCACAUCGUGGAGCCCUUGACCCCGGUUGUGUCCUCACUGGAGGCAGGGAGAGGUUGCUAUCACCUACCUCAGCCUCUGAGCUCACCCAGUCCUGACAGCUCGUACUCGGAGGACUCCUCAGACAGUUCGGUGGACAUUCCCGUCCAUCACACCAGACCCGUGGUACUCCUGUCCGACCUCGGCGCCGUUUACGGCAACCCUGCCGGAUCUCCGGUGGACAUGACGAGUGAUGACAGCGACAUCAUCGAGGUUUCGGUCACGAGCGAAAAGAAGAAAACAUUUCCCUGUAAGAAGAAGAGUCUGGUGAAAGAAACUGCUCCACAGAGCGAGGACGAAAAAGUUCCACUCAGAGAAGUUCGACGUAGCCCCAGAAUCCGGAAAUCUGUGUCGGAAACGCCUCCGUUCACCUGCAGUGUGUCUCGCCACAGUCUGAGGAGACAAGCCAAAAGCGACGCGGUGGGUAUUUAUAACGAAUGUUGUGACUCUGAUGACAUGAUGGACUACACGGUGAGGUUGUUCAGCUCGGAUGCGGACGAGGAGUCGGCCUCGCAGCCGACUGCAUCGCAAAGAGCGAGCAGUAACUCUGAGGAGUCCGAUGUGGACGUUCCGACGGACAGGAAGUCGCCGCAGAGAGAGUCGGAGGAGCAGCAGAACAAAGCCUCCAACGCCAAAAGCAUCAAUAAAGGAAAGAAGCCCCCGACGCUUCGUAAAGCUAAAAGCUUGAGGACUAAACAGAAGGAAAACUGCAGCUCCACAGCAGAGCAGCACAAAAAGAAAACAAAUAAAAAACCUGUAGCGAGACGGAAGAAAAGAGGUCGCUCACACACCGGACCUUCUGCUCUGUUCUCUCCCAGAGAGCCGGAAAUCAAGCUCAAAUAUGCAAACAUGAAAAGGGAGAAAAAGAUCAAGAAAUUGGGAAGUUUCUGCCCGUUUGUUCACGUGAGGAAGAGGAUGUGCACCGUUGUGAACGACCAGGAGGAAGAGGAGACGGUCCGGAGCAGCAGAGGACGGCAGCAGAAAGCCUCCAGCUCUCCGCCCGGGUUCCUUCCCAGUUCGUCCUGUUUCCAGUUGGGUCGGUUCGGCUCGGACGGCCGGAGUCCGAUGACGCCGCUGUGCUGCCUGUGCGGUCAGACGGCCAACGCCACGGGCCUCGGGGACCUCCACGGCCCGUACUACCCCACCAACCCGUCUCUAGACCACAGGACCGAGCAGAAAGAGGAAGAACCACAUUUACUCGUCAGCAGACGUUCAGUGAACUCCUCCGAGGACGGUCUAGACGGUUACGACUGCUCUGCUGUCAAAGGUCUGCUGGAGGGCGACGGCCACUCUCUCCCUAAGGAGCCUCUUCGUCUGGACGAGGGCUGGAUCCACGAGGACUGCGGGAUCUGGUCCGCCGGAGUCUUCCUGGUCCGAGGGAAGCUGUACGGGCUGGAGGAGGCGGCCCGGCUCGCACAGGAAACAAUGUGUUCAGCGUGCCAACAAACAGGUGCAAUAAUCGGAUGUUUCCAGAAGGGCUGCCCCAGAAACUAUCACUACAGAUGUGCUGUUCAGUCAGGCUGCGUCUUAAACGAGGAAAACUUCUCAAUUCGAUGUCCGGAGCACAAAAACAAAUUGUUGACCGUUGUGACCCGACAGCACAAGAGAUGACGCGGAAGACAUUUGGGGGAACUGGAGAACGAUCCACAGAUCUCCUCAGGACGUGAUCGGCCUGAUUUCACCUCGGAGGUUUUUAUUAAACACGAACUAACGAGAGUUCACGUGUGUUUGCUCGAGCAGAAGGAAAAUCUUCUGGUAAGAUUCCACAUCAGAGACGAUCCAUCAGGGGCCACUUUAGGGGUUUUAUAAGGUGUGUGUGUGUGUGUGUGUGUGUGUGUGUGUGUGUGUGUGUGUGUGUGUGUGUGUGUGUGUGUGUGAAUGGGUAUUUAUUCCUCCACACUUAAUGUCACAAAUACAGUUUUAUUAUUUGAGGAUAAUAAUUAGCGUUAAACGAUGUAUUGAUUGGUUGUUUAGGAGGAGAUCUUUAUAUAAAGCCACUUUUCUUUCUACAGUAUUUUUUACUACUUUUCGAAUUCCUGUCGUUCUUCAGUCAUCACAUAACAAAAAGUUAUUUAUUUUCAUAAAGCUGCAUGCACAGGUGAUGUUUAUCGGUGAUUAUUUAUGUCUAUUUGUAGACUUUAAUCUUCCCCCUUUUACUAAUAUUAUUUAAAGUUAGAAGUCCUGUUUGAAGCCUCUGAGACCACAAACUGUACGUUCUCCUUCUUAUCACAUUUAUUCAAACAAAUCUCUGAUCAACAGCAGCGGUCAAUGUUCCUGUAAAGUUUUCUCUUAUUGUGACGUUACAAGACUGAAGAAAGUGCCGAAUUAAAGGGUCGCUUCAACAAAAUCACAAAAAAGAAUUAAAAACUAUUUUAAUUGUGAUUUUAAUGAUUUAUUUAAAAAACACAAAUUCCAGCUUCUGAAAUGUGAGGAUUUGCUUCUGCUCUUUGUUUCACAUCAUUGAUGAUUUAUUAGUAUUUAGUGAAUGUUCAGACAAAACAAACUAAUAUUUCUUUGGAACUACAGUUCCCAUGAUUGUUGGUAUUGGGGAUGUAAACAGGAAGUACUCUGUAGUAUUUGUGUAGAUUUAGUUUUUAGUGUUCACACAGACGUACAGACGACAGUUACUGGAUUACUUUAAACAGAAGAACACUUAUAAUAGCUUACAGUGAGCCUCUUUUCUUCUACCAGGAUUUAUGGACAUUUAUUUGAUUAAAUAUGAAAAAAGGUUGAUUUUGUCCUCAUUAAAUCAAACUGUACAUAAAGUCCAUAACUUGACAAAGCGACGCAGUGAAAUGUAUUUUUGUGAUUUGGGUGAAUUGACCCUUUAAUAUGUGGUGGAGCUUUAAUGGUCGUCUGUUUCUGAGCUCCUGUCAAUGUGACGGACGACUCGUUCAUUGUUUAACACGUUCCAAGUUUUAUCAUUUGAGGGAUGAAAAAGAUAAUUAAUGUUAUUUAAUAAAAGUCAAUAAAACUGAACUCUUGUCUUUGUCCGUCUUUAAAUAGACCAAUAGAUUUAAAUAGAGCAAUUGGUUCGUUGUGAUGAAACCAAAAUGUAUAAAAUUAAAAUUUCUCCUUUUCUAAUUAUUAUUGUUCUUGUUUUUGUUCUCAAAGGAUUAACACAGGAUGUGUGAUUUACAGCAGCAGCUGAACGUGUUAAUACAGUUUAAUAAUCUGAGUGUUUUCACACGGAGCUCUGCUUCUGGAGUCACUUUGAUGGAAAUAGUUCCAACACGUCGUAGCGUUAGAAUCUAUUUCUAUAAACACGUCACAGCUCUGCUCCGUCACUUCAGCACCAGGCUGAUGUGUAGACCUGCGGCAGCGUGAAGAAGCUGCUUCUUACUCAGAAUAGAAACGCUGAGACAUCCCGAA